AUGGCAUCUACGAAUCUACGAGAAAGGUCUAAGCCACAAAAACCAUUGCAGCAGCCGCGCAGCUCAGCAUACGAGCCGACCGGAACACCGUCCAACCAAACCGAAACCGAAAGCGCAGCAACGUCGACCAGACCAACCCCGCAGUCCAUGUAUGCUUCACGGUCUACAGGGUCAAUAUUCGACCAGCGUGACAUUCUUUUUCAAUUUCAGACACGACAACCGAGCACUCCUGGUAUCCCAUCGCCGUUCGGAGAUAUAAAUGUGCAUAAAUUGGACUUUUCUGCCGACCCCGCAAAACAAGCGGCCGUCGUAUCUGCGUUCAGAAUAAACAGUAUUAGAAUACUCAUAAGCGCCGCAGGUCGAGACGCGUGGGGCUUUGACGAGUAUCACCCAGUCAAGCGCAAGGGCACAAACCUCAGCUCAGACGGCGGUAUCGGGUAUACUAUCGUAGAUACGCUCGAUACAAUGCACAUCAUGGGACUCGAACAAGAAUUUGCAGAAGCACGCGAAUGGGUCGCACGCGAGUUGACCUUCGAUAGAGAAGGAAAAUUCAACACGUUCGAGAUAACCAUUCGAGUCCUCGGGGG